AAAAGGAGCUGGCUCGUAAACUGGAGUUUGAUGGACUUUACAUCACAGAACAACCUUCUGAGGAUGUCAUUAAAGGCCAGUGGGACAUGGUCAUCAACAUACCGUGAUGACAAAAUAUGGAGAGCUGUAUGGUUCAGCACGCAUCAGUGAGCUGCUCUUGACUUCAGCUUUGAGGCUCAGGAGAGAAAGAGACCUGUGUAAAGGGGUGCCUUCACUACCCUUCCUUCCUUUAUCUGGCCUGGAAUAUGUUUGCGUCAAUUCUGGGCGAUUAUAAUAACUUUUUCUUUGCCGCUCACCUACUGGACAUCGCCAUGGGCUUCAAAACACUGUGCACCAUAAUGUCAUCUGUUAUGCAUAAUGGCAAACAGCUGGUUUUGACUAUAGGGCUCUUGGCUGUGGUCGUGUAUCUCUGCACUGUCGUUGCCUUCAACUUCUUCCGCAAGUUUUACAAUAAGGGUGAAGACGGAGAAUCGGUGAACAUGAAAUGUGAUGAUAUGCUCACAGUCUAAUUGUUGAUUCAUUUGGGGAGUUGAGAGACCAGCAGGAGCAAGUUAAAGUGGACAUUGAGUCUGCCGAGCUGACCAGAGAGAAUACAGAAAUAAUAUACAGCUGAACUGAAUACAAACAUGAAGUAAAGGACAAUGGAGAAACACAUCACAGACUGGCAAAGGGGUUGUAAUCGUUUUCAACAGGUCUACGCAGAUUGUGAAUGUGUCUUCAUGUUCUGAAUGACCGCUCUGCCACCUACCGGUGCGUCACUGACACUCUAGCCAAUCACGCUCACGAACCGAGAGAAACCUUUCUCUCGUGCGCUCCAGGAGAUUCCAGUGGCCUUGCAAUUAGUGACCAGAGCUAUACGGUGAACCGACACACUUAUAUCCGGACGGCAACGAACGAUAGAGGACAAGCCGGCUCUGCAAUCAGUGCAUUCUGGAGGGGGACCGUGUGCUUUUAUUGGAUCUACCAAAUACCACAGGACUGAGAAGAACAAGUUAUUUCCACGGUGCAUCUUUACCUUUCAGUGAACUCUGUCCAGUAAGGUUUGGUGUAUUACUAUAUUAACCUGGCUGAUGUCCUGUUUCCAUGCCAACUGGAGCCUCAGGUAAAGGCACACCUGAAUCCUCCUGUCAGAAGGUGAACUCUCCAAACCAAGCCAAACUCUACAGGAUAGUCUUGUGUCAAGCGAUUACUGAAGACAGCUCAGAAAUAUGCCCGGACUGCAUGAUGGACUCCAACAUCACAGAGUUGGGCCUAUUGCCAACCAAUGCCCUGGAAGAGGGAAUCUACCCAGAGUCCACUCCAUGGCCACUACUCCAGAAUACAAGUUUCAUCAACUUCAGUUCUGUUUUUAAGCUCAAUGGGAGUAAUGUUGGAGCCGAAGGUCAAUCUUAUGAUCCUCUGGGCGGUCACUCACUCUGGCAGGUCAUCCUCAUCAGCCUGUUUACGGGACUCCUCUCCCUUAUUACUAUUAUUGGCAACAUCUUGGUUAUGGUAUCAUUUAAAGUCAACCGCCAGCUCAAAACUGUCAACAAUUACUUUUUACUGAGUUUGGCUGUUGCGGAUCUCAUAAUUGGGGUGAUCUCAAUGAACCUGUACACCACCUACAUCAUCAUGGGCCAAUGGGCAAUGGGAAAGGGGGCGUGCGAUCUAUGGCUAGCUAUAGACUAUGUAGCUAGCAAUGCAUCUGUUAUGAAUCUCCUAGUUAUAAGCUUUGACCGAUAUUUCUCCAUUACAAGACCUCUGACGUAUCGCGCUAAACGUACCACAAGGCGGGCAGGGGUGAUGAUCGGCCUAGCCUGGUUUGUGUCGCUCAUGCUUUGGGCACCCGCCAUUUUGUUUUGGCAAUACUUUGUUGGGGAAAGGACCGUACCACCAGAUAAAUGCUACAUUCAAUUUCUCUCCGAACCUAUUAUUACGUUUUGCACUGCUAUGGCAGCAUUCUACCUGCCCGUGACGAUAAUGAGCGUUCUUUACUGGCGUAUAUACAAAGAGACAGAGAAUCGCUCUCGGGAACUUGCAGGAUUACAAGGCAUGGGUGGACGAUUUGGAGGAGCAGAGCGACCGCAUUUCCACCUCCACACCACUGGGGGGAGCUCUAGAAGUUGCAGCAGUUUUGAACUGGGCCAAACUGCCCACAGGCAAAGUUCCAUUCAUUGGCUGAGGGGGCGAUUCCACUGCUGGGGGUGGAAGUUGGGUGACAGAGACAAAGAUGGGCCACACCGGGAGGUGGAUCAGAGCAGCAGUGACAGCUGGAAUAACAACGAAGCUAGACUUUCGGCUGAUCACUCGGGCUCAUCUGACGACGACGAUAGCGCGCCAUCCACCACGCGGGCAAUCUUCUCCAUCGUCCUUAACCUGCCUGGCAUGAGGGCAGCUGUGAAUUCCCAGGUCACUUCCUGCGAAGAUCUGGAUGUGGCCUCGGAGGAAGAUCCAUUACGCUCCCCGGACGAGAAUGACGGAAGGGAUGGCAGCAUCUCACGCUCAAUCACCAACGGCAACAAGCCCUUUGUCGGAGGCAUAGGCAAACUUCAGUCUAUGUCUGCCAUACAGCCGUCAGCAGUGGCUAGUAGCAUGGAUCCAAAUGCAGACAAUGCCAACACCACAAUCAAAUCUCCAUCAGCGCCUAUAUCUUUCAAAGAAGCAGCGCUAGCGAAGCGCUUUGCAGCUUGCGCAAGGACGCAAAUCACCAAACGGAAGCGCAUGUCGCUAAUUAAAGAAAAGAAAGCAGCACAAACUCUAAGUGCCAUUCUUUUCGCCUUUAUUAUAACAUGGACACCGUAUAACAUCAUGGUCCUAAUAAACACUUUCUGCAAUGGUUGCAUACCUGAGAACCUUUGGGCGCUAGGCUACUGGCUAUGCUACGUUAACAGCACAGUAAAUCCUAUGUGUUAUGCCCUUUGCAACAAGACUUUUCGUAGCACUUUUAAGAUGAUCUUGCUGUGUCGCUGGGACCAGAAAAAAAGAAAGCCAAGCUUUCAGCAAAGACAGGCUGUGAGGUUUCACAGGAGCAUACCAAGAGAUUCCACAUAGCAGAAAUAGCACUGAGGCGGAGUUAAUUUGCAAUGAUGCAGCUAUAUUCAUCCAAUAUAUUUAACAUUUACAUUUUGUCCUUUAGCAAAUGCUUUUAUCCAAAGCGACUUACAAAUGAGACACAUAGUUGUCAUACAAAGUUAACAACAUCUGCAGUAUAGGACUGCCAGGCAGCAAGGGGGGCAUUCCUCAUGUGUCUGUUCUAUAUUCUGAAACUUUAACAUUUGAGUCUCAAUUUGGACGUGUAGUGUGUUAUGAUCCUGGGUCUCUAGAUUCUCAUAUUUAAUUGCACUGUGGUUUAGUGUAUAUAGAGAAGAGCUUCAUUAAACUUUGAAGACAAAUUGUCCCUGGGUUUUUUCCUUGAUAAACAUCUUUUAGUGGUUCUGGAACAGCAUUUCGGUAAAAAAAAUAAAAAUAAAAAAUCCCUAAAAUCUGAUUGGUUGAUCAACAUGUUGAUAGAAUGUUGAUCCAGGAACACAUCAUACUUGGUAAAAUCACAGUCAACAAAACCAAACAAGUGCAAUUGCCAUUAGUUCUUUUAAGGGCCUGUAGACUUUUAUAUGCCAUUAAUUAAUCUGCAAUGCCAACUUUGAGGAGUUCAGCAGCAACACACAAAAAGUACAUUUGAAAAGAAGACUGUAUAUUUUAAACCUCAGAGAGUUUAAAUACUCUCAAUUAAUCAUUUGAAUAUUUUAGAGUUGAAAAUAUAAUAUCCCAUUAUUGUCAAUGAAUAUAAACUGAAUUAUGAUUUUUAAAUAAGACAAUCUACAUUCAAGUAUUUACGGUGAAUAAUAUUAAGUUUAAAUAUUAUUCAUAAUAUUAAGUUUAUUUCUUUUGUACAAUAAAUUGCUUAUUUCUGUGAAAAUGUGCCACACAGAGGUUCAGUAUAUUUGUAAAUGUAAGUGUUCUGCAACAUGUGAGCCACAGUUGAACAGUUUCUAGGUUUUUCUCUCCUGUAGAGAAUAAGGAUUUGGAGUUUUUCAUAAACAGCACUUCCGUAAAGCUGCUAUUGUAUAAAGCGUGGUUGUUUACAUUGUUUUACUUCAAGUAUUUCAAUAGCUGUUAUGUAUGUCUUCAGUGCACAUUGAAUUUACAGUAUUUGUAUGUGUUUGGAAUGCUGUAUGUUUGGACUUUUGGAUUGUGUACUGGUUAUACUGGGCUAGGUGUGAAAUCAUUUUACAAAACCUAAAUAAUGUUUUUUUUUUCCUACUCCGUUACAUGGAUAUUCAGAAUUUUUUAAUUGGUGGAAUUCUAUUCUAUUCGCUUAACUGUACAUCUGAGCUUGUUCAUAAGGUCAUACAUGAAUUUGGCCAAACUGUACUGCUUAUCCCAAAAUCUGAGACUACAUUGAAAAUCUGAGAUUUCUUCCAUUGAAACCUGGAAAUGAACAGGAUGAAAUUUUAGGAUUUCAAAAUUGUUAUGCUUAUAAUUUAAACUGUAAUAAAAGUUUUUGUAUCAAAUUAGAAAAGAAUACAAAAUAGAUGUAAUUUCACUAGUGGUCUCAAAAUUUGAAUCCCACUGUACUUUUUGGAGAGUGCCCAACUUUAGUAUAAUAUAUAACAUAAUAAGAGACCAUCACAAAUUACUUGGCUGCAGACUUGAAAACAAGCAUACCAAAUACAGAACUAUCAAUCAUACAUAGUAUGUUUGGAUACAAUGUAUGUCAUUUUGGCUUGAUAGGGUUCAUCAUAUUUGACCGAGAAGAGGUUCAAGUCAGGAAGGUUUUGUUCCCUCUUCAGUCCCAGCCCCAUUCCAAUGGUUUUAAGAAUUAUUAUAAGAUUUCUUGAUUUGUAAUGUACCCACCAUUUGUAUGAGUACUGAUACAGUUUGUUCAAAUAACUUUUUGAUAUGUUUUUAUGUUUUACAUUGCAAAAUAAAAGGUUUUAAGUUUUGUAAGGACCUGUUAGAUCAAAGAUAAAGCUGAGCUUCUGUGCAGUGUUGUUUGUGAUUGUGUUCUUGUUUUGUUCCCAAUUGGCUGUGUACAGGUACAAGUCAAAGUUUAUUGAUAGAGUUUCUGUCAGAUAUGUGAUAACUGUUACUGAAAUACAGCCCAGUACAAAAUGCAUUUUUAUCCUGAGAUUGUUUCUCAAAAUAAAUGUAACAUUUUAAA